CCACGAAUUUCCCAUAGAGUCCCAACCUCAGGCGAUCCGCAAAACCGUACUCCGCGGCAUUAUAUCGAAACCUCUCCUCUCCGCGCCCACCACGCACCACACAGCCGCCACAAUGACUUCGCUCAUUUCCAAGCAGAUCGCCGACGGCAUCCUCGCUCGCCCCUUCCUCAAGAGCAUCUUCGUCCCCUUCUCCAACUGGUACGCCAACGCUGCCGGCCACCGCAAGCUCGGCUUGAGAUUCGACGACCUCAUCGAGGAGGAGACCGAUCUCGUCCAGAAGGCCCUCAAGCGUCUCUCCCCCAAGGAGUCCUACGACCGCGUCUACCGCAUCCGCCGUGCCGUCCAGCUCUCCUACCAGCACAAGCUCCUGCCCAAGAACGAGUGGACCAAGCCCGAGGAGGACUACCCCUACCUCGGACCCAUCAUCCAGCAGAUCCAGGCUGAGGAGGCCGAGAGGCUGGCCUUUGAGACCAUGGAGGUCCAGAAGAAGCACCACUAAACUACUCUUCCUGGUGGGGGAUUACGUUUGAGAGGAAAGGAGAGCCGCGCGCACGAUGCUGUAAAGUUAUGACGAAGGGGAACCGCCUGGCCGGGCGCGCGAGACAGAAAUUUAGACCAGGGGGUGAAAGAAGGCCAGGCGGUUCGUGUACCUUAUGUAUAGACCUUUGGAAGGGGGUUGCUUUCUCGUCAAUUGGAACUCCCUACUACACUUACAGGUUCCGCUGCGCUCGAAUAGCACCAAUUGAUGACAACUUUUUUUUUGUA